AUGACUUCGGCUGCGACCAGCUGGCUCAUUGUGUUUUUAUCCAUAGCUCUUAUGUUUUUGAAGAAUAAUGCCCGAUUUAAGUUGUUGUUAGCUGAUAAGCUCCAAAGCUCGCUGGCCAAGCUAAACAAGCAUAUUCCCCUGUCGACGGAUUUCAAAUUGGGCCAAUCGGCAUAUUUCCGAAAGUCUGAAGGGCUUCUUGAUGUGUUCAACGCCUUAGAACAACUCCAAGAGUAUGGGGCCAGGGCCCAAACUCAGAAUGCUGUCGUUUAUCAUAGAUCAAAAGCGUUACAUCAAGAACAAAUCGAACAAUUGCGGUUGCUUAACUACUAUGAUAAGCUGGAACGAAUCAACGAGGCCAUCGACGGUAAUCAAAUUAUUACACGGGCAAUAGUCGAGAAUGCACUCUCAAAAUUGGUGAAGAACAAUCGGUUGGAAAGCGACCAGGGAAAAGAGGUGAAAACAAUCUGCAACAGCUUGGGAUAUACAUGCCACAGUGACCGACCACUGGAAAAAAUUCCGGCUCAUAGAAUGGCGUUGAAUCCUGUCUCCAACCAGGCCCGCGUGAAUGAGGCUAUAUCGCAUUUAUGCCGAGAUUGGCAUCAGGACUAUGCUCUUGAGCGAAAGCCUUUGAGUGAGUUUGCAAUUUCAAGAAUGAGACACCAGCGUUUCAAAGGCAAAACACUUGUAGUCGUUCCAGGAUCUGGUGUCGGGGGUCUUGCGUACGAGGUCGCAAGCGCCUUCCCGGAGUUUGGUGUUCACUCUAUCGAAUUGUCAACUUUGAUGUACUUAUGCAAUGAGUUUGCCUUAAACUACGACGGAGAGGUCCCAUUGAGGCCUUUUUUACAACACUUUUCUGGCCAACUUUCCGUAGAGCAGCAAACUAGAUCGUUCCAGAUAGACCUUUCCACAUUAAAAAAACCUCCAAAUUUAAAGGUGCACUUGGGCAACUUCUGCAAUUUCAAAGUUCCUACGUUUUACGACCAGAUCGUGGUGUUAUCGGCAUUUUUUAUAGACACUGCCGAAAACCUGUUUGACUAUUUUGAGGCUACUGAAUCGUUGAAAGCCUCCACUUCUGAACUUCAUUGGAUUAACAUUGGACCAUUGAAGUAUGGAACAAGGCCCAAAAUACAAUUGACCGACCAAGAGCUCACUAAGUUGCGCGAAGUGAGGAAAUGGAAAGACUUGUACCAUAGCUGUGAUCCUAAAGAACUAAGCGGCUACCUAACAAACGAACAAUCGUUGUAUCAAGGGUACUAUGGGUUAGUUAAGUUCCAUUCUGUAUACACAGGAGAAUAA